AUGUGAAGAGACCCUGGGAUGGAUGAGUUCUCAAACCGGUAACACCUGGUGCGCAUGCGCACUGGGGUGUCGCGCCGGAAGGUUUCUCCGCAAGUCCCCUCAGAAGCGCAUGCUCGUGGGUUCGCGCGUGCACGUGUCUCGCGAGCCUACUUGCGCGCGUCUGCGUCGGAGGCGGUUGGUAUUGAGGACUGGUGAAGCGAGAUUCGAGGCAAUUAUUUCCAGUCAGAAAAGGAAACCACCAUCUGGCAUUCUCACCAGCUUUCUACUGGCCAUGAUCAAGUGCUUGUCAGAUGAAGUGCAAGCCAAAUUGCGUUCUGGUUUGGCCAUAAGCUCCUUAGGCCAAUGUGUUGAGGAACUUACCCUUAACAGUAUUGAUGCUGAAGCAAAAUGUGUGGCUGUCAGGGUGAACAUGGAAACCUUCCAAGUUCAAGUGAUAGACAAUGGAUUUGGGAUGGGGAGUGAUGAUGUAGACAAGGUGGGAAAUCGUUAUUUUACUAGUAAAUGCAACUCUGUACAGGACUUGGAAAACCCAAGGUUUUAUGGUUUCCGAGGGGAGGCCUUGGCAAGUAUAGCUGACAUAGCCAGUGCUGUGGAAAUUUCAUCCAAGAAAAACAGGAUGAUGAAAACUUUUGUGAAACUGUUUCAGAAUGGAAAAGCCUUGGAAGCUUGUGAAGCUGACUUGACUAGACCAAGUGCUGGGACAACAGUAACAGUAUAUAACCUAUUUUACCAGUUACCUGUAAGGAGAAAAUGCAUGGAACCUAGACUGGAGUUUGAGAAGGUUAGGCAGAGAAUAGAAGCUCUGUCACUCAUGCAUCCUUCCAUUUCUUUCUCUUUGAGAAAUGAUGUUUCUGGUUCCAUGGUUCUUCAGCUCCCUAAAACCAAAGACAUAUGUUCCCGAUUUUGUCAAAUUUAUGGACUGGGUAGGUCCCAAAAGUUAAAAGAAAUAAAAUUUAAAUAUAAGGGGUUUGAGCUUAGUGGGUAUAUCAGCUCUGAAGCACAUUACAAUAAGAAUAUGCAGUUUUUGUUUGUGAACAAAAGACUGAUUUUAAGGACAAAAUUGCAUAAACUCAUUGACUUUUUAUUAAGGAAAGAAAGUAUCAUAUGCAAGCCAAAGAAUGGCUCUGCCAGUAGGCAAAUGAAUUCAAGUUCUCGGCAUCGGUCUAACCCUGAACUCCAUGGGAUAUAUGUAAUCAAUGUGCAGUGCCAAUUCUGUGAGUAUGAUGUGUGCAUGGAGCCAGCAAAAACUCUGAUUGAGUUUCAGAACUGGGAUACUCUCUUGGUUUGCAUUCAGGAAGGAGUGAAAAUGUUUUUAAAGCAAGAAAAAUUAUUUGUGGAAUUAUCAGGUGAGGACAUUAAGGAAUUUAGUGAAGAUAAUGAUUUUAGUUUAUUUGCUGCUACUCUUCAGAAGCAUGUGUCCUCUGAUGAGAAGUGUGACCAGAUCAGUUUCCAGGAAGCAUGUAAUAAUAUUUUGGAUUCCUAUGAAAUGGUUAAUAUGCAAUCAAAAGCUGUGAAAAGAAAAGCUACUAUGGAAGAAACAAAGACACACAAUUCUAGGGGUUCAGAAGUGAUCAGAAAAAAGACAAAUGAUUUGUUUUUGCCCAGCUGUGAACCAGAUGGCCCAGGCAAUAGUAAAAUUAUGGGGCUGUCUUUACAAAAGAAAGAUAACUGUUGCUCAGAGUCAAGGCUCGUAGAACAGGAGACAGUUAAAGCAUCAGAAUCAGAAGAAAAUGAGAAACAUAAAAAAACUUGCUUGGAGCUUAACUCUCCAGAAAAUCCAUGUAGAGCCAGUUCAGUGUUGUUUGCAAGCCCUUUUCAGGCACCACAUCACUUUGAGAAUAGUGGGAAAGAUCUAGAAAUACAGAAAGUAAGUACCGCCACUGUUGAUGGCAUGGCUGCCAACAUCCUGAAAAAUAAUGUAAUUCAGAGUCAACUAGAGAGAUUGAAAGAUGCUACUGAAGUGGGAUGCCAACCUCUGCCUUUUGAGGCAAUAUUAUUGAGAGCAAAUGGUACUCAGAGAGGAGAAGAAGAGAAAAGAAAAAAAGAGCCUAGUAAUUGUGGAAGCAAAAACAUUUUUAGUUAUGGACAAGUUAAAUUAUGCUCCACUGGCUUUAUAACUCAUGUGGCACAAAAUGAGCAGACUAAAUCAACUGGAACAGAACAUUCAUUUAAAAAUUGUAUUCAGCCUGGUACUGUGAGUGCCAAAGAAACAUUUGGAAAUAGGACAUACCAUUCAGUUGAGAUUCCAAACAUUCAAGAUUUAACCAGUACUUUAAGUAAAGAAUCUGCUCAACUGCCCAACGAAGUAUUUUGCAGAACAAAUAUAAAUUAUAGACUAGAGAACAAACAUGUAGGAACUUAUAAAAAUUUGGCUGUUUUUCAGGAAGGUAGUAAAAAAUCACACACAAAUUACUUAUUACCUGAUACCUCCUCUUCUUUUCCUUGGUAUAGACAUGUUUUAAAUGGUAGUAAGAAAACAGGUAAAUUGAUUGGUUCCUCCAAACCCAUAGCCCAAAAGAAGUUAAGCUUGGAUUCACAACUAGGAUCCUUAGAGAAGUUUAAGAGGCAGUACGGGAAAGUUAAAAAUCCUUUGAAUACAGAAGCAGAGGGAAAUAAUUUUGAAAUCACUACCGAUUUUAGUCCUCAAGUUGAACCUGACAUUCCACUGGAAGGCAAGAACCACUUAGAUAACUCUAAUGUUUGUAAAAUCACUGUGAAACAUAAUGAUUCAAAUGGUAGUUGUCAACCAGUAAGUCACAUUCUUUACUCAGAGAAGUUUCCAUUCUCCAAGGAAGAAGAUUGUUUGGAACAAGAGAUGCCUUGUUUGACAGGAAGUCCUAUAACUCUAACAGAGUUAUCUCACUUUGACAGAGACUCUUUGAAUGUUGAGAAGUCACCUGAGUCACUAGCCUCCAAAUUGUCCAGAAUGAAGGGCUCUGAAAGAGAGACUGAAACAAUGGAGAGUAUGAGUCAUUUUAAUGAACUUCCACAAUCAGAUUCCAGUAGGAAAGACAGAUUAACCCUAGAUUCUUGCAAAUUAUUUAAAAAUGAGCAUAAAAAAACAGAAAGCAUAAUCCCAAUGUCAGACUCUGUCGCACAGGAUAAUUCCUGUAAUAAAGAUAGAGAAACAUGUUAUGGCAACAGUACAACAGGGAGCUAUGUGAUACCAGAAACUCCUUUGGUAUUACCCUCUAAUAAUUCUCCUAAAGUUAUCAGUAAAGACUCAGAUGAUCUUAUAUCUUCAGAAUCACAGAUAGGAAAUAUUGACUCUCCCAGUAGAAUGUUAAUGAGCCACGUAGACGAUUCCACAGCUGACCAAAAUGAAACUUGUGUUCAGAGUGAGGAAUCUAAAGCAAGAGCUUGUUCUGAAAAUGAAGAAUCAAACACAUGUUCUGUGGAUUGGCAGCAGCAUUUUGAUGUAGCCCUGGGAAGAAUGGUUUACAUCAACAAAAUAACUGGACUUAGCACAUUCAUUGUUCCUACUGAGGACACUCAGGCUGCGUGUACGAAAGAUCUGACAACCGUGGCUGUGAAUGUCAUUCUUGAAAAUGGGUCUCAGUACAAGUGUCAUCCUUUUAGAAGCGACCUUGUUCUUCCUUUCCUUCCUAGAGCUCGGGAAGAGAGCACUGUGAUGAGACAGAAUAACAGAGAUACCAUGGGUGAUGCUGUGGGUAGCGAAUCGCUUCAGUCUUUGUUCUCUGAAUGGGACAAUCCAGUAUUUGCCCGUUACCCAGAGGUUGCUGUUGAUGUAAGCAGUGGCCAGGCUGAGAGCUUAGCAGUGAAAAUUCACAACAUCUUGUAUCCCUAUCGUUUCACCAAAGAAAUGAUUCAUUCGAUGCAGGUUCUUCAGCAAGUGGAUAACAAGUUUAUUGCCUGUUUAAUGAGCACCAAGACUGAAGAGAAUGGUGAGGCAGGUGGAAACCUGCUAGUAUUGGUGGAUCAGCAUGCUGCUCAUGAGCGUGUUCGUCUGGAGCAGCUUAUUACUGAUUCCUAUGAGAAGCAACAGCCACAAGGCUCUGGUCGAAAAAAACUACUAUCUUCUACUAUAAGUCCGCCGCUAGAGAUAACAGUGACAGAGGAACAAAGGAGACUCUUGUGGUGUUACCACAAAAAUCUGGAAGAUCUGGGCCUUGAAUUUAUAUUUCCAGAAACUAGUGAUUCUCUGGUCCUUGUGGGAAAAGUACCACUCUGUUUUGUAGAAAGAGAAGCCAAUGAACUUCGAAGAGGAAGAUCUACUGUGACCAAGAGUAUUGUGGAGGAAUUUAUUCGAGAACAAGUGGAGCUACUCCAGACCACAGGAAGCAUCCAAGGGACUUUGCCACUGACUGUCCAGAAGGUGUUGGCAUCCCAAGCCUGCCAUGGGGCCAUUAAGUUUAAUGAUGAUUUGAGCCUAGCAGAGAGCCAUCGCCUUAUUGAAGCUUUGUCCUCGUGCAAGCUGCCAUUCCAGUGUGCUCAUGGGAGACCUUCUAUGCUGCCGUUAGCUGACAUAGACCAUUUGGAGCAGGAAAAACAGAUUAAACCCAAUCUUGCUAAACUUCGCAAAAUGGCCCAGGCCUGGAGUCUCUUUGGAAGAGCAGAAGGAUGUGAUACAAGGCAGAGCCUGCAGGUACCUGUACCUCCCUGUGAGCCAACAUGAGAGUAGAAUUACUGAUCGAUAAGGAACCAGAGAGAUGCUAGCCACAUGCCUCUGAGCACAGCAUGAGCAGCAGCUGCUGGCGUGGCCUUGACUGACUCAGCCCAGUGCACCUGAGCAACUUCCAGAUGGCAGGGCCUUUCUCAAGCAGAUAAUCCCUGUAGGUGACUAGCAAGAUGAAGUUCAGGCAUGAAGAAAAUCCAUUCAUUCAUUUGCAUCCAUGGACAGCAGAAGUUGGCAUAUAUCUACUCUUUAUAACUUAUUUAGGGAUAAAAUUUGAUGAUUGUCUGGUUGGUCAGUUUGUGUGUUUUUGUUUUGGAGGAGGGGUUGCAAUUUUUUUCUAACCUCAAAAUUUGCAUUUACACAAUUUACCUGAUGCAAAACUCCCAGGGAUAAAGUCUGCGUCCCUGAGCCCACAGUCACUGCUCCACUAGUCACUUCCUUUCCCUUCAGUCUUCUUCACUCCCCUUGCUGCUUCUAUACAUACUAAAUCUCAGAGUUACAGUAUCUCUAGUCUCAGUAAACACAUUCCCUGAAGUCAUCCCUCAGGCUUUUGGCUUGAUAAAGAGAAAGAAGGACGAAGAUAGGAUAGAGAAAAUGUUAAGUCCUGAUCCUGGUUUUUUUUGCUUGUUUUGUUUUAUUACCUCUUUAAAAACUCUUUCAGGGACUCAUGUUGUUCAUAUCCCAAAUCAGUAAAAUGGUGAAAGUGUUAUAAGCUUGAUUUUUGGGGGGUAAUUUAUAAACUGUCUCUUUAUGUGAAAUUAACUGUCAUAUCAAAAUGCAGUAUUUAUUCUUUCAACCUAACCAGAUGUGUUCUCCAUGUUUUUUUCAGACAAGGGUUCUUUUGGUCCCUUUCAAAUUCUAUCUUGGCUUAAUUACAGUAGGCUUAUCUAAUGGUCUUAUCAUUUUAUUUGGGACCAGGAUUAAUCUUUUUGCAAAUACUUGUUAUGCCACUCUCAAUCUUUAUUUCCUCACCUUUCCAGAUUUGAUUACUGGUUAAUAAGACUCAUAUACUUAAGUCUUAUAGAAGAAGAAAAGAAAAAACCCAGCUGGUUAAUGUUCAUUGCAACUGGGAUGCUGUACAAUGAAUAAGAUGUUGCUGAGAAUUUCCACUUUUGUAUUUCCACACCAGCCUGCACAAAUUGGCCUUUAUAUCA